AAACAAACAGUGGAAUGUCUAAUCGUUUGGAGGAGCAGUUUGUUCAAGAGCUCCGCAACUUUGAAUACAAAAUUAUUGUUUUACGCAAGAUUUUAGUACUUUUGUUUUAUACAUGACUCUGCAGAGUUAGUUAAUGAUGUCUGAUGCACCUUUUACAGUUGUCUCCGAUGGGGAAGAGGAGCCAGACUGCGAAGCUUUGGAAAUUUCCCCCGACGAACCCGAAAUUGAUGGCGGCGAGAUUCGGAAGAAUUUAUUCGAUGACUUCAAAGAGUUGGACCCUCAAACUCCUGACAAUGGCCGAGAAUAUAUGAGAGCGUACUUAAGAAUUCGUCCUUUUACAGAGGACGAAAAAGGAAAGGAUGAAAAUAAAGAUUGUAUGGAAAUCGAAGGCGAAAGUGCAAUUCUUCUAAACGCGCCAAGAGAUUCGUUUACUUUCAAGAACGAGAAGCGAGGUCGAGAAGUAACACAUCGGUUCACGUUCUCUCGGGUUUUCGGCCCCGAAACGACACAAAAAGACUUCUUUGAUGAAACUUCGUUAGGGCUUGUUAGAGACUUUGUCGAUGGACAGAAUUGUUUGGUCUUUACAUACGGUGUAACCAACUCUGGAAAGACUUACACAAUCCAAGGCACGGCUAAAGAUGGAGGAGUCUUACCACGGACACUUGACGUCUUGUUUAAUAGCAUUCAUGGUAGGGAAUACAAUAGAAUGGACUUAAAGCCAAGAUAUUUUUGUGAUGUGAUGAGAUUGGACAAGAAGCAGGAACACAUGGAGGAUGUACUCCGUAAUGGACUUAUCAUGUCGCUCACAAAAGAGCAAUUUGACCUGUACUCCUUCCUCCAACUGGACGACUCUGAGAGAUCCAAAAUGAAUGCAUCGGAUGAGUCGUCCAUGCAAGCCUCCAUGAAGGGCCAAGAUGGAGACCAGACCUCAGAUCAAACUAUGGACAAGGAUGAUGAUGAUGAUGUUCGGGUGGCUGAUGGCACCACUAUAAGUGUAGAUGACCAGGGUGAUGUGCGCUUCUCCAUCUGGGUCUCAUUUGCUGAGAUCUAUAAUGAGUUAAUCUACGAUCUCCUGGAGCCGUGCCCUGAAGGCAAAGGGAAGAAAAGACCCACUCUAAAGCUGGGGGAUGACAAACAUGGCAACCCUUAUGUUAAAGGUCUAAGAGAGGUGUGUGUUGCAAAUGCUGAUGAGGCAUACAAGAUUCUAAAAGUUGGGAAAAAGAACCAGACAAUUGCUUCUACCAAACUAAACCACCAGUCAAGUAGAAGUCACUGUAUUUUCAGCAUCAAGAUAUUAAGAGUUGUAAAUGUGGAUAACCCUCACGUGGCCCGUGUUAGCAGGUUGUCGUUUGUCGACUUGGCUGGAUCCGAGAGAUACAGCAAGACUCAGAGUACGGGUGACCGACUCAAGGAGGCUGGAAAUAUCAACACAUCCCUCAUGACUUUAGGGAAGUGUCUUGAUUACCUGCGGUAUAAUCAGCAGCACCCCAAUAACCCUCAAAUGAUCCCAUUCCGGGAGAGCAAGCUCACACGCCUGUUUCAGGGCUUCUUCUGCGGCAAGGGGAAGGCUGCUAUGGUGGUCAACAUCAAUCAGUGUGCAUCCACAUUUGAUGAGACCUACCAUGCACUUAAGUUCUCUGCUAUUGCCAAGCAAGUGACAACCCGUGUGGUCAAGCCCUGCGAUACUGUGCAGCCUCCCCCAGAGAAGAGUUUCCGAGCCUCGUUUGCAUUUAACGCACUUAGCCGCUCGGUCAGAAAGAGCGUGGCCUGGGAAAAUGGUGCCCUUUCCACCCCUGCUGGGGCAGUUUGUGCAACCCCCUCACGCGAAUUGUGUGCUUUGGAGGAGACGCCAGCUGCGGAAUACCAGCAGCAACUGGAGCAAUUCUGUAAGCUUCUUCAGGAGCAGCUAUUGGCUGAGAAGAAAGAAAAGUUUGAGUUGGAAAAAAAGAUCCGAGAAGAAGUGUGCGCCGAAAUGGCCGAGCAAUUAGUUACAAUCGAAAAUGAGUUCAGUGAAAGAGUGCAGGAGACGGUGAAAGUCGUGGAGGAGAAAUGCGACCGGCGUAUCGAGCUGCUGGUGCGCUCAGUCAAGAAAUCGAGGAAGAGACCUCGGAUGGACCGCGAGGACGAUGAGGAGUGGGUCCCGAGUGUGCUCCUGCAGUCGGAAAAAAUGAAAGUCAAGGAUCUAGCAAGCCAGGUGAGCGAGCUGAGCCGAGAGGCUUCUGAAGCCAAACAGAUGCUUGAGGAGGCAGGGGAGGCGGUGGUAGAGAAGGAUGCCGUGAUUUCCCGACUUAGUGGGGAACUCGACAGACUCAAAACCGCGCAGCAAGAAGAUGAGAAACAGCGAGCAUUGCAGGAUGACGCGCUGAACGAGCUGCGGGCAUGCCUCGAGACCUCCAGUAAGGAGGUCGAGAUCGCCCGUAUUAAGCUCGAUCAGCGCGACCGCAGAAUGCGGGAGAAGGAGGCCGAGAUCGAAGAUCUCAAGCGUCAGCUCCGAGACAAAGAAGAAACUGUUUCCACGCAAGCUGAAGCUCUCACAAAAGUGUCGAAGGAAUUGGAGCAGACGAACCAGGAGUUGGAAAACGUGAAGUGCUCCAUGGAAGGAAAGUUCCAAGAAAACCAGAAUGUGUUCCAGGAAAAGUGUGCUGCUUUGAGAAAGGAGGAAGAACUGGUGAAUAAACUUCAGCGGCAGCUCAAAGAAUCAGAGGAAUCAAUCGAAAGAAAGGUGGAGAUUAUCGAAAGUGGUAGAGAAUUAUUGGCAAAAUUAAAGUCUGACUUAGAACAGAAAUCGCAGGCCUUGUUAAAGGAAGAGGCAGCCAGUGAAGCUUUAAAGAAAGAUCUUCAAGAGAAAGAGAUCCUUUUGGGUGAAAGGUACUCCGACAUAGAGACGUUGAAUAAGCAAAUUGAGGAGUUUAGAAACAAGACUAAACCGGUCAAACCUGUUAGCAUCCAGCGAGAACAGCAGACUGAUUCUGUUAGUCUAGAUCUUCGUGAUCGAGGACAACAGACGGAACAAGUAAAUCAGGAUAAUCUGGUAGAGCAGGAACAGCAAACCGAACCAAAGAAACCUGUUGCUGUUGAGAAACAUCAAAGCGAAAAAGAACUCGCCUACAUUGAGACACAUCUUUCCUGCGUGGUCGGAAAGUUGCGAGAUGAACUGGCCAACAAAGAGGAACUGAUGAAGGAACUAGUGCAGUCUCUUGAAGAGACUAGGGCCGAGAAGGAGUUUGAAAGGCGAGAGCUCUUGUUGCAGUGUGAGGAGCAUAAAAUGCAAAUAAGCACACUGCAGAAGGAUCUGGAAAAUAAUGUUAGCGCGGAAGAAAUGGAAGCCUUGAGGAAAGCGGCUAAAGAGGUCGAGGAGGAGCUUCAGAGGGUGAAGGAAGAAAGAGAGUCCAUGCAGGAACUUAAAGACACAAAUGACUUUGAGAAAGAAGAAGUGAAAUCAGCUCUUGAGCUUGCAAAUGCGAGGAUCACUGAGUUAGAAAAGCAUCUUGAGUCGCAUUACGAAGAGCUAAAUCAUUCGCGUUCCGAAAAGAACACAGAAUUGGAAUCACUUCGCACCUCGCUGGAAGCCUCAGAAGGGAAAGUAAAAGAACUCAGACUACAACUCGUGGCAAAGGACUCUGAUUUUGAAAAGCUGAAGGUCCAAGUUGGGGAGUACGAAGAUUUGAAGCUCACGCUGGAGUCAAUGAGCUCGAAGUUAGAGCAAACCGUAAAGGAAGUUGAAAUCAAGACAAGUGAGCUAGAAACACGUGCAGGGGAAACUCUAUUGGCGAAGGAGUCUCUUGAAGUCGCUAAUAAAAAGAUAAAGGAACUCCAGGCCCAGCUCCUUACUGCGCGGGAGCUAACGCAACAAGAAUGUGUUUCCAAAGAAGCAAGUGAGGUUGCGAAUUUGAGAGAUGCGCUAGAAAAGGCUAACAGUAAAGUUGCACAUUCUGAAGAGAUUCUUGCCUUAAAAGCAGCAAGGUUAAAGGAACUUGUCAAUGAAUUGGACAAGAUGAAAAAGGACCUUGAUGCUCAGAAACAGGCAAUAGAAGAGUCGCGGUCAGAAGAAUCCGGGAUCAUUGGCGAGAUGGAGGAGAAGCUGAAGGAAUCAAAAGAUAAGAUUUCAAAACUUGAGGGUACACUGAACGACAAGGCGAAGGCUUUAGAGAAAGCACACCUGAGUCUAAAAGAGGCUGAGACCAAGUUGGAAGAGAUGUCCACAAAUAACGUCAAGGCUGUCGAGGAAUCAAACGAGAAGAUUACAAGUCUCAAAGCCCUUAUAAACCAGAAGGAUGACGCUUUAGAAAAGAUCAAGGCAAGCUUGAAAGAAGCUGAAGAACGAUUCCAAGAGCUGAAUAGAACAUUAGAAGAAGUACAGAAAGAGAAAAAUGCGCUGGAGUCCAAGAUAGAAGAGCUGACACAAAAAUCGGAAACGUUGAUGGGCAAGCAUUCCGAUAAAGAAAAGGAGCUAGAAAAAGCCACAACUGAAUCUGUUAAAUUCUCCCAUGAAAAGGAUGCGUCAAUUGAUGAAGAGAUCACAUUCAAGAAAGUUAAACCUCUGGAGGUUGUGACCAUUAAACCGACAAGGUCUUCCAAUGGUGCAAGACAACGAAAACGGUCGAGAAAAGGAGACGAGAGCGAGACGAAAGACGAGCCCCAGAUAGUGGUGGAGCUUGAAAAGCAACUGGAAGCAAGCACUCGAGCACUGGACAAGAAAAACACACAGCUCAUAGCAAGAAACAACACAAUCAAACGUCUCGAACUGAACAUUAUCGAGAAGAACAAGAAGAUCGAUGAUCUCGAGGUGCUGAAAAUGAAAUCCUCCACACCACUGACUCCCGGUCGUGAUCAGCGAACAAGGGAGGAGCUGAGGGCGCUACGAAAGCGUGCUAGGGAGGCUGAGAACGAGGUGGACGAUGUCAAAGAGAAGCUUAGAGAUGCAGAAAAGAAGUUGAAGUCCGCCCAGAAAGAUGUCGUGGAGAUUACCGAGGAGAAAGAAGGUUUACAGAAAAUGGCAACCGCUUUUGAGCAACUGAUUGAAGAGAAAGAGGGCUACAUCACUGUGCUGAAGAAGGAGCUUCAAGACCUAAACGAUCAAAAGGAGAAGAAAUCUAACGAACUCUUGCACCAGGAAAAACUCCUGAAGGAGAAACAGCAGCAAAGCGCAUGCGUAGAAAAACAAGUUGAGCAGGAGUUAGCAUUGUUACGCUGCGAACUGGCCGAGGCAAAGCAGAGGGCGGAAACGGCAGAGGCCGCUAUAGUCGAAACAAGCGCAUCCUUGGCACAGAGUAAAACGAAACAGGACAAUGAAAUUAAGACUUUGAAGGAAAGAUUAGCAUCCAAGGAGCUUGAACUAAUAGAGUUAAGAGAGAAGUUGACGAAGUCUGAGGAAGAAAAAAUGGCCACUUUGGGUAAAGCUCAACAAGAGGAUGAUAUCAAAAGUCUGAUGGAGAAAAUAGCGUCAAAGGAAGCAGAACUCAGAGAACUAGGAGAAAAACUAACGAAAUCUGAGCAAGAAAAGUCAGACGAGCUUGGCAAGGUAUGGGAGACAAUGACUGAGCUACAGUCAGUAAUUGAGGAUCGCGGAAAAUCUAUCGACAAGCUUGAAAAAGAGUUGAAAGACCAAGAGGCGAAACACAACAGACAGAAGAACACUCUCGAGCAGACGGUCGCUAAGAUGAAGGAAGUGAUGGAGAGGAAGGGAGGAGACGCGAACAAAGUCAACGCUAGGGUCGCUGAGCUCGAGAAAGAGCUAAAGGAAAAGACGAAGAGCGCCGAGAAGCUCGUCAAAGCGUCGGAGAAACGUGAAAAGGAAAUCGAUGCGCUGAAACGCGCGCUUCAAGACCAGGACCAGGUAAUGGAGGAACAACAAGAUGCACUGACCGAGCGACAGCUGGAGAUAGAGUCCCUCACAGAGGAGUUGCGUACACUUACGGACCAGAACACAUCCACAAAUUCUCUCUCCGCCGAGAUUCGCCGACUAGAAGGCACGCUAUCCGUUUACAUCGAGGAAAAGGACCAGCUACAGCGGGAGCUCGAUGCGCUCAGGAAGACAGAGGCGGGAAUCGAGGUGUCAAAGGUGGAGAUCAGUCGAGAUUACGAGAUUGAGAAAAGUGAGAUCUUGGUAAAGCUGGAGCAGAAGGAAGGAGUGAUCGCCAAGAUGAAGACCCAGCAGAAGAGCUCCGACUCGGCCGCCGCCAAGGAGAAACGGCUGCUUAAACAGCAGUUAAAGGAGAAAGAAUUCGAGAUCAACAAACUCAACGAGAACUUGGAAAAGGCGGAGCGCAAACAGAAAGAGUACGAGGAUCUGAUCCAGCUGAAAGACGUUGAUGUUCGCAAAGCUGCGGAGGAAAAGGAAGGCAUGCUCAAAGCCAUGCGCGAGGCGUUCGAAGUGGCCUCCACCAAGAAGACCGAGUACGAGAACAAACUAGAGUCAGUGCGGAGAGAGAUGCUGGUGGAGCACGAACGCGAACUCGCGCGCGUACGCGAGAGUCACGCGCGUGGAAACGCGAUACACGAGAAGGAAAAGGAAAGGAAAUUGGACAUAAAGGAAGAGUCAGUGCGGAGAGAGAUGCUGGUGGAGCACGAACGCGAACUCGCGCGCGAACGCGAGAGUCACGCGCGUGGAAACGCGAUACACGAGAAGGAUAAGGAAAGGAAAUUGGACAUAAAGGAAGAGUCAGUGCGGAGAGAGAUGCAGGUGGAGCACGAACGCGAACUCGCGCGCGUACGCGAGAGUCACGCGCGUGGAAACGCGAUACACGAGAAGGAUAAGGAAAGGAAAUUGGACAUAAAGGAAGAGUCAGUGCGGAGAGAAAUGCAGGCAGAGAACGAACCCGAACUCGCGCGCGUACGCGAGAGCCACUCGCGUGAAAACGCGACACACGUGAAGAAUGAGGAAAGGAAAUUGGACACAGAGGAAGGGCAAGUGACAGUACCUCAGUCGCCAGGCGAAGACAAGAAGCUGGUCGUUCAGGUUGAGAAACUACCGUCGGAUGUGAAGACUAAAGUUCAGCCACUCAAGAAGACUGGAGAGAUGAAGACUGAAGGAAUUGAAGAGCCGGCAAGUACCGGGCCCAUGAGACGCCUCGCCAAGCGCAGACCUGCCAAGAACCGCACUUCAGACGAGUCCACCACUUCCGAGGAUAGCUCUACUCAGGAUCGCAUUGAGAUAGACGUUACUCCCAUCAUGGGACGUAGACGAACUCGCGCCGCCACAAAGGGCUCAAGAAAACGCCGAAGUAGCAGCGAGCUCUCCCUUGCCGAGAUCAAAGCGCAGUUGUCCGCCGCCAAGUGCCGUAGGAUGGACACAGAUGACGAGACUCCUGGGUCUGUCUCCCGCUCUGUUCGAACCCGCUCCACCGCGGGUAGGACGAGCUCUGUGGUCAAAUCACGACCGAGUACAGCACGAAAAACAUCCACGCUCGUCACACCUGGCAAGCCUCCCAUCCCUCUAACUCCCAAGAAUGAGAGCAGCUCUUUAAGUCUUGCAGAGCACCAGUCCGCGAAGAAGAAGAAGAAAGGUUUCUUCGGCAAGCUUUUCGACUCCGCCGGCGGCGAAAACUCCCCUCCCCGAGUUCCGCCAUCAGGGAAGAAGAGAAAGCUUCUAAAGAAAGACAUAUCCGGUCCCAUGGACACAUUCUCCCCGACGCCCGUUAGAGGCUCAGUCAGCGAGGCGAGCAAAGAUGACCCUGCUAGACGAUUAAUCACUCGACAAUUGCGCUCAAGAAAAUAAUAAGAGAAAUCAGCAUAUAAGUGAGGUGUCCUUUUAUAAUUUACAAAAAUAGUCUGGAUUUUUUUAAUCGGAACUUUUCCAAACAAUCGUAAUAGCUGAUAAUAUAGUUGCAACUAUAACGCUAUUUGAAACCCACUACCAUCAAUUCACAGAAAAUGUCUGGAUCUUUUUGAUUGGGACUUUUCCAAACAAUCAUGAUAGCUGUUAAUAUAGUUACAACUAUAACGGGUAUUUGAAACCCACUAUCGUCAAUUAUUAUUUACUGCCAUAGAACUUGGACAUAUUCAAAUUUGGUCUGACUGUUUAAGAUAGUGUUCUGGGGAAUACAUCUUCACCAGCGGAAAAUAAUAGAAAACGCUAUUUUUAAAAAGAGGAAGGGGGGUUAGUUAGCAAACUAGAUUAUAUGUUGUUGUUGUUGUUGUUUGCAUAUUUGUAAGACAUUUGAAAUAUGUUUUCGUGAACCCAAAAGAAUGAGUUGUGUCAUUGGGGAACAAAAACAAGUUGUUAAUACGUUCCUUGUCACCGUGCUAAACUUCAUAGAAAAGAAACAUCGUUUAGAUAAAUCAGGAAUGUAUUGUGAAUACAAAGUUGAAAAUUGGAAAAUAAAUGUAGAGAAAUAUACUGUUGUAGCGGUUUUGAUAAGCAGUAUAAUGAAAUGAGUUAUUCAUUUU